UUUGUGGCGGAUCAAAGCAUUUGAGCUGAGAUUAAGCCUCACGCCCUUUCAAUAAGCUAAGUUGGUCCGACGAGAAAGGAGCUUGAUUUAGAAUGACUGAAUAUAGCAUCUCAUCCAAAAUGAUACGCGCUUUCUUGCUCUCGGCUCUGCUCCUGGUCCUGUUUAUAGGACCAGAAUGCUUUGUUGAAUGCUUUAUUGAAGAUCCAAUACCUCCUGCUGGCAGCGUCAACGAUGAAUUACUUGCAAAAGAAUUUCUGGGUGAUUUUAACACCAGGGCCAUGGACGUGUAUUCCAAGUCUGCAUUCAAGGCGUGGGACUAUAACACGAAUAUCACUGAAUACAAUCGGGAACAAAUGGUCAAUAGUAACCUCGAAACUGCGGUUUUCAGCAAGGAUAUGAGCGGAUAUGCAAAUGCCUUCGACCAAACGGGAUUUACCACCGAUACCAAGAGGCAACUUGAUAGCAUUCGCUACAUAGGAUCGGCUGCGCUACCAGAUGAAGAACUCGAAGAGCUUGAAAAUAUUCUCUCUGGUAUGGAGUCUCGCUACUCGACAGGUAAACCAUGUGAAGCUGGAACCUGUUAUUCACUAGAACCAGACCUCACUAGAAUUAUGGCCACAUCACAUGACUAUUCCGAGUUAUACUGGGCGUGGAACGCUUGGCGCGCCGAGGUGGGAGCCCCUGCCCGUGAAGACUACACCAGAUAUGUCGAGCUGAAGAAUCAAGCUGCGAUUGCAAAUGAUCAGCCAGAUGCAGGUGCAUACUGGCGAUCGUACUACGAGGUGGACAAUCUGCAGGAGAUUACAGAGAAGCUCUAUGAUGAACUACAGCCACUGUACGAGCAGCUCCAUGCCUAUGUCAGGAGAAAGCUGUUCAAUCGCUACGGUGCUGACUACAUCAACCUGCGUGGACCCAUUCCUGCACACAUCUUAGGUAAUAUGUGGGCGCAGUCGUGGUCAAAUCUUUACGACAUAUGUGAACCGUUCCCAGGGAAACAAGCUGUCGACAUAACACCUGCGCUUGUCGAACAGAACUAUGAUGCUUUGCGGAUGUUUGAACUCUCUGAUGAGUUCUUUGAGUCGCUUGGUCUUAUCAAGAUGCCCCAAGAAUUCUGGGACCAUUCGAUGAUAGAGAAGCCGGAUGAUGGUAGAGAUGUUGUGUGCCAUGCUUCAGCUUGGGACUUUUCCAAUCAAGUUGAUUUCAGGAUCAAGCAAUGUACGGACAUCACCAUGGACGACUUCAUCACAAUCCACCACGAGAUGGGGCACAUCGAGUAUUACCUCCAGUAUAAGGAUCUCCCUGUAGUGUACAGAGGUGGAGCCAACCCAGGUUUUCACGAGGCCGUGGGCGACGUCCUCGCUCUGUCCGUAUCGACACCCAAACACUUGAAAGAAGUUGGAUUGAUUGAUGAAGUGGUUGAUGACCAGGAGGCUGAUCUGAACUUCCUGAUGAGUAUUGCUUUGGACAAGAUUUCCUUCCUGCCAUUCGGGUACCUGAUGGAUCAGUAUCGAUGGGGAAUCUUUAAUGGGACGACUCCAGAAUCCAAGUUUAAUGAAGACUGGUGGAAACUAAGACUCCGUUACCAGGGUAUCAUACCACCAACGACAAGGACAGAGGAAGAUUUUGACCCGGCUGCUAAGUACCAUAUCCCUGCUGACGUACCUUACAUCAGAUACUUCAUAAGUUUCGUCCUGCAAUUUCAAUUCCACGAAACUUUGUGUGAAGCCGCCGGACAGACACAAGAACUCUACAAGUGUGACAUCUACAAUUCGACCGAUGCCGGUACAUUGCUCGCCAACAUGUUAAAGAUGGGAUCAAGCAAACCUUGGCCUGAGGCUCUCGAUGCCAUCAUUGGAAGCACAGAAAUCAGCGCUCAGUCUCUGAUAAAUUACUUCCAACCGCUUAUCGAUUACUUGAAGGAACAGAACGAAAUGAAUGGAGACACGGUGGGAUGGGCAGAGAUGUAUACUCCUAAAGAUCCUGAAUUGGAUCUGACAAGAUGGGAGAUGGGUUAUGAGCAGUGGCAGGUGGACAUGGCGGAGUGGAAGAAGUCAUUCGAAGAGUACAAGGAACAACCGACAUGCAAUUAAUUUCUCUGUCUGGCCCGGUUAAAAUCAUUUUGGGUAGUGGUAGUAUAGUUCCGUUUGAUAAAACAAUUGCCCUAAAACAAAAGUUUGCCUAAAAAGGCAGAUGACGUAGGAAAUAAAAAAUAAAAGUCAUGAGAAUUUGAAACUAUAGCAAAAUUAUGUGAUAAAAAGUUAUAUAAUCCUGCGUGUAAGUGUAUUCAUGCGAGUUCGGCUACUAUAAAGGGGGCACGAACAUCAUGCGCCCACUCUUUUUCAUCAAUCACGGCAAAGGGUAUGGACAUGUGAUACUCUAAAAAUGUGGACAAAAAUUUGUUGGUACAUUUUUAAUUGCUUACAUUUUUAACAUUACAUACAAUUUGAGGGCUUUUUUAGAUCUGUUAUGAUAUUUCUUUACAUAAGGGUAUAAAGACGAGACAAAUAAACUGUUGGAAAUGCGAUUAAUCCGACGUGUGAGAAUAAUCUAAUUAAGAUAGAUUUAGUCCAAUAAUAAUGACUGCUAAUGUUAUCUCCAAUAGUGUGAUGAAUGCUUUGUAACAGACACGGACACAUUAGCAUGAGACGUAAUGAGGGUUGAUAGGCUUUCGUCACAAAAUUAUAUCAUAAUAAUUAGAUCAGUCGUAUGUAAUCUUGAUCACGUUCAUCCCCAAUGUGUACAAGAUAUAUUUCUUCAGAGGUACUUCGUUCAGGUAACAUAGUUUCGUGGAUUCUUUGAUCAAUUGGUUGUGUGAUUGAUAUUUGAGAAGUAAUGAUUUCACGACCUGAUAUUUUUUUAUAAAUAAUUAGCCAAGGAUGUUUGUACGAAAUUGUGAGAUAUAUACUCAGUGUAGUUCCUAUCCAUCAUAGAUAGAAGUCCAAUAUAAUUGUUCUGAUGUAUUCGAUAUAAAUAUCUUAGUAUGGUAUUUUACUCGAAGCAAAGUGUAUAUUACAAAUGUUUGUAUCGUGAUUUUAAUACUUUAAUUCCAAGUGAUUUUACCAGACUAAAGGUACAAUUAACCAUGCGUUAAGAAGGUACUUAGAUCUGUGAUUUGAAUUUUUUAAACACUGGAAAUACAUGGUAAAAAUGAUUAAUGUUUUGACUGCAAGUAACGAAGGAACAAUCUUGUAAUUACAAUAAUAGAAUAUGAUUAAAUUUGAUAUGAAACAAUAAGUUUA